GCAAUCGCCCGCAGCCCGCGGCGCCGAGCACAGCCUCCGUGCAUGGCCCCGACGGGAGGCGCGCCGCCCGCACCCGGAGCCCGGCUCCCUGCCUGAGCGCGGCAGCCGCCUCGGGCCCGCGCGUCCUCGCCCCUCCGUCGCCGUCCCGCGGACAUGACCGCCUAGCCUCCUCCUGGGCUGGUAUUUGCGGUGGAGUCUUCUUCAUGGAAGCGAUGUCCCCCCAGCAGGAGACUCUAGGGGGGCAGCCGGGGCGCUCCUCUUCCCUGACAGGCGUGUCUCGGAUCGCGGGAGGCCCCGGCGCCAAGAAGGACAAGUUUAGAUUAGAAACAUCCGACCAACAGCAGACAUAGUCCUGUCAGCACUGUGUGUCGGUGCUGUGCUGAGCAGCCUUGACCUCAUUUUGACAGACAGCUGUCACAUGGCACAACUGAAAGGGUGCUGCUGAAAAGGAAUCAUGAUCAGAGGUUGAAACUGGUGGCUUUCCCAAAGAAGAAAGUCCAGCCAACUUCAAGGCCCACAGUGACACUCCAGAAGCCUGCACGGGUCAGGCGGAGGCAGAGGAACGGAGCAUAAGAAAAUGAAAACACUAGCAGAAAGGAGGAGGAGUGCCCCAUCUCUUAUCCUGGAUAAAGCCCUACAAAAAAAGCCCAGUACCAAGGAAAGUCCUGCUGCCAGCGUGGACACAUGUACAUUUCUCUCCUCAUUUGUGUGUUCCAGUAGGACUCUGCUAAUUGAUGGCCGGGUAGAGCUCAAACGAGGUCUGCAGAGGCAGGAGCGGCAUCUUUUCCUGUUCAACGAUCUGUUUGUUGUGGCCAAAAUCAAAUAUAACAACAACUUUAAGAUAAAAAAUAAAAUAAAAUUAAGUGACAUGUGGACAGCAAGUUGUGUGGAUGAAGUGGGAGAAGGCCACACCAAUGCCGUGAAAUCCUUUGUCUUAGGCUGGCCCACAGUGAACUUUGUGGCCACUUUCAGUUCUCCAGAACAAAAGGACAAAUGGCUCUCUCUCCUUCAGAGAUACAUCAAUCUAGAGAAAGAGAAGGACUACCCGAAGAGCAUUCCCCUCAAAAUCUUCGCCAAGGACAUUGGGAAUUGUGCCUAUUCUAAAACUAUAACAGUAACAAAUUCAGAUACAGCAAAUGAAGUUAUCAACAUGUCACUACCCAUGCUAGGGAUAACUGGCUCUGAGAGAGAUUACCAGUUAUGGGUCAAUUCUGGCAAAGAAGAAGCACCAUACCCACUUAUUGGGCAUGAAUAUCCCUAUGGAAUUAAAAUGAGCCAUCUUCGAGACACUCUGCUCCUGGCACAGGGCUCGAAGGACACCAGCACGCCUUCCAACCUCCAGGAGUCCUUCCUCAUGGAACAGCUGCCCCGAGAGAUGCAGUGCCAGUUCAUCCUGAAGCCCAGCCGCCUGGCUGCAGCCCCGCAACUAAGUGAUUCAGGUCAGAAGACAUUUAAAAGGAGACGAUCUAUCAUAAACUGGGCCUUCUGGCGUGGUUCUAGCACUCAUCUGGAUAACUUGCCCAUGUCGCCAACAUCUCCUAUGCCAGGCCAGCUCUUUGGAGUCUCUCUCCCAGAUAUUUGUGAGAAUGACAAUCUGCCUAAACCUGUCUUGGAUAUGCUUUUCUUUCUUAAUCAAAAAGGACCCCUCACAAAAGGGAUCUUCAGACAAUCGGCCAAUGUGAAAUCCUGCAGAGAGCUAAAAGAGAAACUGAAUUCUGGAGUUGAAGUACACCUAGACUGUGAAUCUGUUUUUGUGAUAGCGUCUGUCUUAAAGGAUUUUCUACGAAAUAUUCCAGGAAGUAUUUUUUCAUCAGAUCUCUAUGAUCACUGGGUCUGUGUCAUGGAUCAAGGAAAUGAUGAAGAGAAAAUAAAUACAAUUCAAAGGCUAUUAGACCAGCUUCCGAGAGCCAAUGUUGUUCUCCUAAGGUAUCUUUUUGGGAUAUUACACAACAUUGAGCAGCAUUCCUCAUCCAAUCAGAUGACUGCAUUUAAUUUAGCGGUGUGUAUUGCUCCAAGCAUUCUUUGGCCUCCUACUUCCUCCAGCCCAGAACUAGAAAAUGAAUUUACAAAAAAGGUUUCUCUGCUUAUACAAUUUCUGAUUGAAAAUUGCUGUAGGAUAUUUGGAGAAGAAAUCACUUCCCUCUUGGGACAGGUUUCAGUGAGAUGUGAUACUAGAGAGAAUGCCUCAGAUAUCUCUUGCUUCCAACUGAAUGACUCCUCCUAUGACAGCUUGGAAAAUGAGCUAAAUGAGGAUGUUGAUGCUCCUUGUAGUGACUUGGUAAAGAAACUUGGUCAGGGUAGCAGAAGCAUGGACUCUGUAUUAACCCUCAGUGACUAUGACCUCGACCAGCCUGAGGUGGAAGGCCUUUUAACCCUGAGCGACUUUGACUUGGACCGUUCUAAAGAUGAAGACAUUCAGAUGGAACGGCCUCAUGAAUCCAAGCCAGUGAACAUUGCAGUAGUGUACACAAAGGUCCCACUGCGCGAUCAUGCCAGGGCCCCAUCUGGCAUGAGCACACCCAGCUACCUGUCCACAGCUGCAGCAGAUGUUCCGAAAAGUCUGAGGCGACACCGUCGCUGCUCAGAGCCCAGCAUCGAUUAUCUAGAUUCUAAGCUUUCCUAUCUCAGGGAAUUUUAUCAGAAAAAGCUACGCAAGUCCAGCUGUGAUGCAAUUCUCUCACAAAAAGAUGAGGAUUAUCUGAAGCAGAAUCAACCCCUCCAGGAAGAGGGUAAGACCUAUUUUAAACAGAGUUUAGUCGCAGGCACUGAUACCAAGAAAAAUGCCACUAAUAAAAAUGUUAAGAAGAAAAGCUUAUCUGGUAAUGAAGGAAAUCAUGUGAAACUUUUUUCUAAAUCCAAGCCAGUGGCCAUUUCUGUGGCAUCUUAUAGUCACAUAUCCUCACAGGAUCAUCCCAGGAACCAGCCCUUUGGUGCAGAUACAUCUGGAUACUCCCCACCAAACACAGCAGAUGCCCUCAAGGGUUCAAGGAGGCACCGGCGCUGCUCAGAGCCCAACAUGGAUGACCAGCACUGCAAACUGACCUAUCUCAGGGGAAUUUAUUCAAAGAAACAACAUAAAACUAGCUAUGAAGCUGGUCUCUUGCAUGGAGAAGAAGAUUAUCUCAAGCGGCACAAGUCACUGCAGAUGGAGGGGCAAAAGCUCAUUAAUCAGAGUUUGGUCAUGGGGAUUGAGGUGGGCAAGAGUAGUGGCACAAACCAAAACACUGAGAAGGGUUUACCCCCAAGAUUAAACAUCUGCCCAAGGACUAGCUAUUCCAGCUUGUCCUCCCCAGGAACUUCCCCAUCUGGCUCAUCAGUGAGCUCCCAAGACAGUGCUUUUUCUCAGAUUUCUGAACACUCUGUGUUUACCCCCACUGAAACUUCCUCUCCAAUAGAUUGCACUUUUCAAGCUCAAAGAAAACAAGAAGAGCUUUCUUCUGAUUUUAGCAAUUCCAGCCUCAUUUCUGCAACUCCUGGUCCCUCAUCAGGGCAGGCCAGCAGCCGCCUGGCUUAUACGAAAAAGGAUACUGUAGAAUGGCAUUCACAAAUACAUUCUGUAACUCUUCACCCAAGCACAUGGUUGAGAAAUGGUGUGGCCAGUUUGAAAAACUGGUCCCUCAAAAAGAAGGUAAGGGCAUCCAGACCAGAGGAAAAGAAAGUAAGUUUUCUAAAAGGACCCAUGGAGCCACCUCCACAUGCUCCUGGUAUAUCAGAAGCCAACCCAGUACAAGAGAGACAGAAAGACAUGCCCCAAAGGGCACCUGAAGAACUUGGAACUGUGCAAACAGCCCAGUGGUACAGUUCUUACCCCAGCCAGGACUCAGAGAGACCCUGUAGGUCUCCAUUCAGCCUAGUGGAGGACAGACUCAAGCUCUGUGUGAAGUCACACAAGGAUGGAGAGAAUAGUGAGCAGUGCUCUCCUGGUACUCUGCCUUGUAAGAGAUCCUCACCCAGCUCUUUGUCUGUGGAUGAUCUGUCCAGCCCAGACACAGAGCCUACAGUGGUUGGCGAUACUGGGGACCAACAUUUAGCCAAAGACAUUUAACCACAGUAAGAAUGUGAUGUGUAUAAGGACAGAGACAAGUCUAAGAAUCUGAUGUCUACAAGAACAGAAACUGGGCUAAUAGAGAUAUAAAGACAAGAUUAUUAUGACCCCUUUGUAUAAAUACAUGGGAUGGGUAGCAUAAGGAUAAUCACUGCUAAUACUUAGGACAACAAAAGAAUUCUCUUUAUUGAGACCAUUUGGCAACACGUUUAGACUAAAAAAUUUCAUCACCUGUUUGGAAGCUUUUCCUUAUUAGAGCCUGGGAUCGGUCCCAUCAUGUGUUUUUAGAGGUAUUAGCAGAGAGCCAGAGAAAACAUCUUCUGUAGAGGAAACAUGCCUUACAUGAGAUUAGUAUCCUGAAAAGGCCAGGAUAUCAUAAGUGAAGAAUAAGGACUGUGGAGAGAGGGGAAGGGUGCAGAGAAACAUACACAUUCCAUGGAAUGUUUUCAAUAACUACGCAAGAAAAAUGCCACUAAUCAUUAAAGUAUUAAAAAAAAAAAAAAAAAGAAAGCAUGUCCAGUAUUGAAGGAAAUCAUGUAAAACGUUUCCCUGAAUCCAAGCUAGCAGGCAUUUCUGUGACAUUCUAUAGUCAUAUGCCCUCACAGGAAGAUUCCAGGAAUCAGCCCAUCGAUGCAGCUAGAAUGGAAUAAACUAGAAUGAUUCAACAGCCAUGAGUAUCAUAGUUUAUUUGUUGGUUGUGUUCGUUGAUUUAUUUUUCCAUUGGUGUUCCACUGCUCUGCAAAGGCUCCAGGACAUAGAGCUCUGAGGAGAAAGAAGGAAAGGUUGCUCAUUUCGAUAUCCUUUUCAGAGGUGCUGUGCUUAGGGACAUUCUCCAGAAAUGCAACUUUUCCUAUUAGAAGGUGACCUCCUGACAGCAUUCAUUAUCCUAGUGUGGAGGAAAAGAUCGCCACACCAGUCCUUUCUCUGUUACACGAAGUUGUUGCCAACAUGUGACCAAAGCAUGGCCCCUCUUUGCUGAAAAAUGUUUUUCUACAGCCCUGCCUCUUAGAUUAGCGAGCCAGAAAAAUUACUGAUAAAUUGUCCCUUUUCUGAUUGUCAUUGGCAGUUGAGUAAUUUUAAGUUGGCAGGUUUUAUAAAGAGUCACAGGAUGGAACGCCCACCAAAGCAGCAGUCGGGUCUUCUCAGACAGUCAUUGGCUUUGGAUUUUCUCACCUCCAGAAGUUUUACAUAUUUUUGUCCCAGAUGAUUCAUGGUUUAUAUUCCAUUAGUUUAUCUCAUAUCCAUGAAUACUUCUCCCCUCUCUUGCCUUAAAGAUUAUACCAGUAUAUCCCCUGGGUUAUCUCCAUGGAUUGGUUAGGCCUCACCAGCCAGUAAGGAGGGAUAGAAUCAGGAAUGGAUGUGCAUCUUCCUUCAUUAUAACUACUUACUUAUAAGAAGUUGCUUAGAACCCAUUUGGCCUCUUUAGUUCACCAUCAGAUGGACCUUUCUCCCACAAACUAACUUAUACCAAAUUAUUUUUCUUGGCCACUAGAAAACUUUCAUGUCAAAUGUUCUUUCCCUGUUGUCCUAAAGGUUGCAUUUUUCAGUUAUAGAAAAAAUAAUAAUGUUUUCUGUAAAGUAGAAGUCCUUUCAGUAUUAGCUAUACAUGAUGCCUACCUCUACGGGACAUGGCCCUGUUGGCCCUAAGCAUUGUAAUUAACUCUCAGAACUCUGUAUCCAAAGAGCUCCUUCAUGACACUGGCCAUCUCAGUCACAGAUGUGAAGUAGAUUUUACCUUAUAAACAGCCACUCCUAUAUUUAGACUCCUGAGUGUCCAUAUGCAUCUUUUGUGGUAUAAUAUAUAAAGGCAACAGGGAUUCAUUCCCCUUACCCUUAGGGUAUACUACUGUCGGAACUGCAAGAUGUGAAAAAAGUUCUUACGGCUUGGAGUGUCUUUCUGGAAGAACUUGUUUCUCCACUUAACAAAAUAAUAGUUCUCUCCUUUUUUUCUUUCAUAUGGUUGGGUAGAAAAUUAUCCACCCAAUUUGAAGCAUAGAAGAAAAUAGAUGCUGAGGUUUUCCAUAACCAUUCCUAUUCUCUGUGUUCCCUUAGAUACUCCUGUAAUACUUAAUGUGGAUAGUUUGUUAAUAUUGCUGUAAAGUAUUAUAUUGUAUGAUUGGAAGACAGACUACGUGUCAUUUUAUUAUACUCUGUCAAUCUAUAAUAUAUUAGACUGAUGCUUUAUCUAAAAUGCUUUGAGUUUGUAUAAUAUAUCUUGACAAAUUUUACUACCAUAUGUAAUGUAAUAAAUGUGUAUUUUUGUACUUGCAGAAACUGCUGCUAACUUUUAAAGUUGUUUGGUUUUCGAAGCACUGAUAAUGGAUAUGUAUGAAGUCCAUGCUGUCUAUUAAAUAAAAAAAAAAAAUUCUGUAGCA